ACUACACCAACACAGAACUCAGUGAUGAACGCACAACCUGAUGUCAUUCAAAACUCCACGACCCCAAUGCAGAACUCAACGACACCAACAGAGGAGUCAACUACUAACGGAAAGCUUGAUGACAUUAAUCAAAACCCAAUGACACCAAUGCAGAACUCAGCACCAAUGCAGACCUCAGCAUCAAUGCAGAGCUCAACAACACCAAAUCUGAACUCAACAGCAGUGCAGAGCUCAACAACAUCAAGUCCAAACUCAACGGCGCCAAUGGAGAAGUCAAUUGGUAACGCAGAUCUCGAUGACAUCAAGGAAGAACUCAGUGACAUCAAAUCAAAACUCAACAUUGAUGCAGAACUCAACGACACCAAUGCAGAACUCAACAACACCACCACAGAACUCAAUGACACCAAUGCAGAACUCAAUGACACCAAUGCAGAACUCAAUGACACCAAUGCAGAACUCAAUGACAUCAGAUCAAAGCCCAGCAACAGUGCAAAACUCAACGAAAGUAAUGCAGAACUCAAUGAGACCAACAGAAGUCAAUUACUAAUGCAGACCUUGAUGACGUCACGUCAAAACUCAACGACACCACCACAGAACUCAACGACACCAAUGCAGAACUCAGUGAGUAAUGCAGAACUGAAUGGCACCAAUGCAAAAGCCAAUGAUUUCCAGUCAGAACUCAGUGACACCAAUGUAGAACUCAACACCACCGCACAACUCGAUGACGUCAAAACUCAAUGCUAGCGUAGGACCCAACGUCAAGUCAAAAUUCAACGACACCAAUGCAGAACUCAACGAUGCCAAUGCAGAACUCGAUGACAUCACGUCGGAACCCAAUGACACCCAAAGAACUCAACGCCGCCACCACAGAACUCAGUGAUCGAUGCAGAACUCAACGACAGAAAGUCAAAAGCUGAAUGGCACCAAUGCGGAACUCGGUGACGUCACAUGAGAACUCAACACCAAUGCAGGACUCGAUGACAUCACGUCAAAUCUCAACACCAAUGCAGGACUCGAUGACAUCACGUCAAAUCUCAACACCAAUGCAGGACUCGAUGACAUCACGUCAAAUCUCAACACCAAUGCAGGACUCAGCGACACCAACACAGAACUCAACGCCAUCAGCGCUCAGUGGGCUCUGCAUCCUAAAUGGGGACAUUUGUGCAUCCCCCCACCGCAGUGGGGCACGGGGAAGGGGUGACCCCAUAGAUCCCACGUGGAGCGGAGCACAGGGACCCCUCCCCAGGCCGACCCUCUGCGGGGAGCAGCGACACGCAGAGCUGAGCUGAGUCUCUGUGGGGGAGUUGUAGGGUAGGGGGACACCCGUUCCCCCCAUAUAUACAUAUAAAGUGCUACAGUGGCCAUGGGGGAAUG